AUGAUUUUUGAAAGCCACCACUUACAGACGGUUAUCCAAUUAUCUCAAUUCCAGAAACCGUCCUCAUCCCAUCCCUCGACAUCUUAUCAACCGUCAAGACAAGUCCAUCUAUGGACCUGCUCAGAUGUGCACCUCUGGCUCAACACUAUCGGAUUUUACGGUUUUCUCGAAAAGUUCAAAUUGAUCGAUGGAGAUUUAUUGCUUCAAAUGACACCCGAAGAUAUCGAGAAGGAUAUGAAAAAUAUCCAUCAGAAAAGAUUCCUUCGAGAGUUGAAUUCUUUGAAAAUCUCUGCUGAUUACUCAUCACUUGACCCAUCUCAUGUGCAUGUUUUUCUGAAAAGUAUCGAUCCUCAACUAUGUCUCUACACCUACAGUAUGCUCAAGAAUGGAAUCACUUUGGAUAUUCUCACUGCUUCUCCAAAUGCCGAUGACUUAAUGGAUACGUGUGGGAUCAAGAGUAAAGUGCAUCGCCUUCAGUUAACCACUACUUUGAAAAAGUUGUGGCCAGAACCACAUAAAGUUAUUCCCAAAAUACGACUCGAUUUCUUCAUAUCUUAUAGACAAGAUACGGGAGCUGAGUUGGCCAGUUUGAUCAAGAUGCAUUUGGAGUUACGUGGGUAUCGAGUCAGAAUGGACAUCGAUAAGAAUGGGGAGCAGGAUAUCAGUGAAUCCCUACUCCGUGACGUACAAGCUGCCAAAAACUUCCUUCUUGUGAUCUCCCCUGACAAUCCUUAUUCCAAAGACAUUCCCUGCCAUACCCAAUUGCAUAAAGAGCUGAGAACUGCAAUCCAGAAUGAGAAGAAUAUCGUUGCAGUCUAUCAUAAAGACUAUGACGAAACCAGGGAUACUAUAUGUCUUCUUCCUUACGAUAAACAAUAUCUCCGAGUUAAUUGGGUUCAUGAUUAUCAGGAUGCUUGUGUUCAACGAAUUGUAAAGUAUAUGUACAAAUGA